GAUUCGUUGUUUGGAAGAAAACACUAAAAGCUCUGUGCACUUAAAUUGGGGACAUCUAGUCUCGACACGUCUCCUUAAUAGCGCCGAAUAGAAAUGCAGAGGAAGAAAGUGUGACAGGGAAACUUGCUGCCAUCACACAGUGAGCGAGGUAGAAGUCCUUGUGGCAGAGUAAAGAUAUCUGUAAAAGUUUAGCUAAAAUGCCUCGUGUUCUACAGUUUAUCGUCCUGGCUUUGGCAGUCCCAUUGCAGUAUUUGAUCUGCCAGUGGACUGCUCCAUCUGCAAGCGAGAGAGAACAGCUAAUCAAACAGUUUUCGAAGUCUCUGAGUCUAUUUAGUGGUGGUUAUAUUCUUGAAUGGGACAAAUGGCAAGGCAUGUUAGUCAACUGGACCCGUUCGUGGAUGAGUUUUUUGGACGAUGAGGAAGGCGAAUGCCCAGCAGAGGAAGUCAUCAAAUUUCAGGAAAAGAAUGGACACUUUGCCAUGUCGACAGUGCCACGCACACCCAGGCCUAAACAUGUGAAAUUUCAAGUUGGUCAAGUCAUUAGGCACAAGUUGUGGAACUACCGUGGGGUUAUUAUUGGUUGGGAUGAGAGACUGAAGGUACAAAUCAUAUUACCACAAGUCUAUGAGCCCUUUUAACAAGGCUGUGAACAUUUUGUAGAAAACAUGUACCAUGUUUCUAUUGAGUUUUAGUGUAAAUCUGCUAGCAUUCUUUCAUGAAUGCAAUUCUCUGAUUGGCUACGCUACUCACUAACUAUUCUGUG